AUGGUUGGAGUUGUCAGGUCUCUCGCAUGUCAGAACUGCAAGAACCGAAGGACCAAGGGAUCUGGCGCGUCGUUGCAUUGUAUUGACAUGGGACAGUGCGAUCAAACGUGGCCGACAUGCGGAAAAUGUUUAAGGAGAGGAAUCAAAUGCCCCGGCCCGCCGAAUUUGAUCAAGUUCGUCGAUGGGAGCACUCAUCUAGGCAAUGAAAAGGGGGACAAGGCCCUGGCAACCACCCCAAAGACGCGGGCAGAGCCACUGUCCGCAUCAUCAAAUGCCGCUGCACGUCCGGCACGCACAACGAUCCUCGAGUCUAGGCCAGUCAAUAACCGUGGCAUCUAUCUUCCCGCCUCAGACGCACAUUCCAGCUACCGAAAAUUCAAGCUCCUCUCAGUCCCUGCGCGGGUGACGUCCACUCCUGAAGACCGCGUAGGGUCACGGCUGGUCAACUCGCUGCAAGGUGACAAACAUCUUGCCGGAAUUUUCACUCUGCUGCAGCACAUGCCUGCUCGUGUCUCCCAUAGCCCGUGCCUUAGAGAUGCCAUCAGUUUGUUUUGUUCUACCUAUGCAUGCCUUCAAAGAGGCGACUCUACAUCUAUGGACGUGGCAAUUCUGAAAGACUAUGGCAAGUCUCUGCGGACGCUACGGCGCACACUGGAAGAGAAGCAAGCCGGAGAUCUGGAGACAUUUGCGGCCAUCGCGCUCAUCAGCCGGUCAGAGUCUGUUUUCAAUCCUGCAUGGAACCCGUUCAAACGCAGUCAUGCCGAAGCAAUUGUUGCAUUCGUUGCCAAAUGGGGUCUGCCCAAGGCUGAUCACGAUUUCCACUCGGAGAUAUUGUUUCAAGCUCUCGAGGACAUGGUGUUUCAUGCUCUAGGUAACGGAGUAGCACCGAUAUGGGAUACGUCGCCCUACAGGGAGGCGAUCGCGGAGGCCUGUUUGCGCUUCUUCGCUCCCGCCCUCCAACCAUAUGCAGGCCCAUUGAUCCAAGUAUUGAUGGAAUAUUUCACCAAAGCCCCCAGACUACUCUCAAAGGUCCUGCGAAUCAACCGAGACUCGUCCUCGCCCCAAAUGCGGGAUCUGGCGAUCAAAAUCGUCAACGCCCUGGCCGGAGACACUGAGCGCGCGCGCAACGCUCUCAACCCGCUCCUCGAGCAGGCAUUUGGAAUGGGGGAGAUCAGUGAGGUGGAAGCCACGGACCCAGAUUUCUUCCUUCCUACGUACUACAAGCUCAAACCCGAUCGCUUUGGAGAAUGCCUCAACCUUAUUUCGGUGCUGGUGGUGGGCAUGGCACGGAUCCGCUAUGACCUGAGCGUGCUGUACGACCUGCCUUUCGCGGACGAGGUAUACGCCACCUACCGCAAGGAGUGCGUUGAGAUGUGGAAGUUCAUUCCGUUCCGAGUGCAAAUCUUCAAGACGUUCGGGUUCAGGGCCGUUUCGAUGAUGACCCUUCCGUAUGAGUGUGCCCAAGGCCGGGAGAGGGAGUACAUGAACGACUUGUUCCUGAAGGAAAACGUACACCCAUCCAGACUACCCACGGAUAGACGUGAGCUGGAAGCCGCCAUGUUGUUGCGGGCUAAGGCAAUGACCGGCCGGCUACCUUUUGUCCCCGAGGGUGCGGCUUCACAAAAAUAG